AUGCAAUUUGUGUUCAUCAAUCAUUUGAUCAGUUUGAUGCUGAUAUUUGUUAUGGUGCAUCGUGUCUUGAGCGAGGGAUGUAACAACGCCAGCUGGUGGAGAAGCUUGGAUACGCCCUCGAGAUGGUCGGUGUGUCCAAGAAAUAACACCUACCUAAGGGGAUUCUGGAGGAGUCCACACAAAACCGGAGAUGAAAGAGUUGGACGCCUUGAAGAAGGAAGAUGCUGUGAUGCUGCGGAGCCGCGUUACGCCGGUCAGCCUUCAAGAUGUGUAAAUGCAAACUGGUCACGCACGUUGAAUGGGUGAGCCAAGCUCUUCAUGAAAAAAAUUGCAAAGAUGGUGGCGUAAAACUACUAUGCGGACGUUGUGUCUAGUUUCAACUUUAAAAGGAUUGAUUACAAGUUGAAAACAACCAAUUGCUCACCUGGAACAAACUUCGGACAAACUGAUACUUUGGAAACUCAGAGACAAAUAUCAUAAAAUAAGAUUUUGAUACACAUUCCUUAAAAAGAAAAAGGAGAACCCUGUAAAGAUAAAAACUUGCCCAAAACGCCAAUUUCUAAUAGCCAAAUGGGGACAAAAACUAAUGUUUCUUCGCGAAUUUCGCCAAAAGUAAUAAACCCAAAAAAUUAAAAACCCAAACAGUUUCAGGCUCAAUUAAUUUUUGUUUUCUUUCUUUUUUUCAGAUUUAAUGUCUGGGCUUUGUGUCCAAAAGGCUUUUACAUGAAUGGCAUCAGAACAGGAUCUGCUCACCUCUUGCAAUCAUUUUUGAACAACAUCGAAGAGGCAAGAUGUUGCCAUCCAACGGAUCAUCCCAGCCGUUAUGAAGACUGUUACGAUGAAGAUGUUGCUAUUUCAUUCAACACCGAAGGUUGGAGUGAAUGCCAGAAGAAUGGUUAUUACAUGACCGGUUUCUACAAGAGUAACUGCCAUGAACUUAACUGUAUUGACAAGUUCAGAUGCUGUAAAUAUCUCUUGAGAACUUCAGAUGCUGAAAACGGUAAUUAUAUUGUUUCCACCUAUUUCUUUAUACAAAAAGAGACCAAAAGAAAGACUUUCUUGGAGAAUCUUUAA